AUGUUAUUGGAUAUUGAAGGAGCGUUCGAUAAAUCGACCUUCAAAAGCAUAGGCCUAGCCCUACAAGAGCACGACGUGAAUCCCACCCUGAGGAGUUGGGUGGCCAGUAUGCUGAGGAAUAGGGAAACAGGAGAUGUCCCCAGGGAAGAAUACUCUCUCCUGUACUGUGGGAUGAUACGACGCGUCAAUGAUCUUGGCUACCACACAAUUGAAUACGCAGAUGAUCUAGUAAUUUUGCUAACAGGAAAAAACGCAGAUACAUUAUGUGAAAUUAUGCAAGCUACAGUAACAAUAGUCGAGGAAUGGAAAAAGAAAAUUGGCACACUACAGAUGCCAAAAAUAUUUAAUACAACGCUUCAACUUUUGGACGAAGGGAAAUACCUGGGAGUUGUAUUGGACUGGCGACUGAAUUGGAAGAAGCAUGUAGAUGAUAAAGUGGAAAAAGCACACUCGGCUCUUUGGCAAUGUCGUAGGGUGGUGGGAAGAUCAUGGAUUUUAAACCCCAAGAUCGCCCUCUGGAUCUACACGGCAAUAGUCAGGCUGUGCUACAGAGUUUUAGUUUGGUGGCCCAGACCCAGACAAAAAACAACAGCUCUGCAACUUGAGCACGUUCAGAGAAUAGUGUGUCUCAGUGUUACAGGAGCAAUGAGGAAAUCUCUAAGACUUCACUCUCCAGGAGUAUGGAACAAGCAAGGCCGCUUAACGAAGCACACUCGUAUCUUGACGGAGGGGUUCAACAGAAUACCCUUGUUAAGGAUGAAUUGUGACGGAAUGGGCACAAAAUUAAUAUAUGAGAAGACAUACAGAAUAUUCAUGAACGAUAUUUCAGAAGGAAGAGCCGACAUCGACAUCUAUGUCGAUGGUACCAAAACAGAUAAUAGUUCAGGAGUCGGCAAACAGAACUGA